AUGAUCAAACAACUUUUUGACCCUGCUAUCACGGAUCAAGCUAUGAAGUCUGCCUAUCAACAGCGUCUGGAAGCUAUGAAGCGUAUGUUGUCUGACACACGUGAAGCUUGUCCCACGGUUCGGGUUUGUGACAAUAUAUCGCAGGCCGUGUUCUGUUUACGUCCUCGCCCGGAUCCACCGGUAGAGAUGGUUUCUCCAUGGCUCAACUUCCUUCCGGCAGAAACUCUUUGUCAGAUGUCCCUAAUCUGUCGCCGCUCUUCCACANGUCUUGCCGCAUCUUCCGUUCCGGAACUGAGCGCAAUUGAGAUAACAAAUCGACGGUCGGGAAUUGACUUGGCCGAUCAAGCUGUUCUUCCUCCGGAAUCCGCCAGCCAAAAUCCACCCGAAGCAUUGUCACCGUUAUCCUCUCUGCCACCGGAAUCUUUGUGGACCCCGGAUUCUGGUUUGCUGUUGCAAACUUUGGUCAGUUUAGUGCAACAUUCGGAAUCGAACGCCGAAGGAGAACUUACCUCGGGUUCGUCUCUUCUUCAACAGAUUACUGGCGAAGUCGAUGGUGGUCUAAACAGCGCUGGCUCGUCCACCGAUCGUCCCCGUCCGCACAUAUCCUCCGAUGCCCUGUUGGCUGCGUUAGACCUCCUCUACUAUCGAAACGCUUCGCCAACAUCAUCCACGAUUCACCCAUCGGUCUCCUCCAGUUCAGUCAAACAAAGUCAACCACAGCAACACUUUGUCAUGUGUCCCCUACGUGUCUAUCAACCGAAGAAACGAAAGUGGUGCAAUUUUCUCGUGGUCUCUGGUUUCUCGCAACCAUCUGCGAAUUUGGCCAGACAGGCUAGCAAUACUGCGGAAACCGGCACAGCUCCAGAAAGUCUAACUAGUGGGUCUCGUAUGGUGACAAUUUAUCAGAUGGACAAAUUAUGUCGUCGUGUGGCACGUUGUCAGGAUAACGGAAUGCAGGAAUUAGCCAAAUUGCAGUCCAUCACAUCUCUUUUGCAAUCCCGGGGCGAUCAAAGUAUGCCUUGUGAUACGACAUUGGAAACGGAACAAAAUCAAGGUGCGUCCAUGUUUUUCUGA